AUGCGGAAUCUGUACAUCUCGUCAGCCCAGCGCUGGGAACUGGCUUUAGAGACUGCAAGCGACCAGCUUAUUCGACCAACACCCACCUCCAUUACGCUCGAUGUCGAUGAACAAGCGGUUUACUGCGCGCUCGAAUCACAAGCACAAAUGGCGGAGGGUUCAUCAAAGUGGACGCCAGAAAUUACGUUGGUGCGGAUCUUAGACGGAAAAGCUACUCCACUCGAAUCCUACCUCCCACUCGAGGCUUUCCCAGACGGCUAUCCUCAAGAGGCGCCUCUUGUCUUGUCCUUUCAGUUUCUCCCAGAGACACGUAACCUCGUCUUGGCUCUUGCCAACGGCGAGAUUGCCCAAUAUGCUGUAGACGACCCGAACGCAAUGUGGGAUGUCGUGGGUGCGUUCGAAGGAGGGCUACAAGCUGCAGAAUGGAGUCCCGAUGGGUCUCUACUGAUGCUAGCUACCGGCGAUGGAAAGCUAGUACAGAUGACGACAGAUUUUGAAGCAUUGUACGAAAAGACCUUGCGGCCCCUCGAAUUUGGAGAAGAUGCUCAAGUGAACGUCAAUUGGGGCUCCAAGGCCACUCAGUUCCAUGGCUCGCUUGGAAAGGCCGCUGCAGCAUCGGCAAACCAACCUCAAGCUCCUGUAGGAUCUAGCCCCGAUGAUGAUCGUCGGGUACGCAUUAGCUGGCGAGGAGAUGCAGCAUUCUUUGUCGUCAGCACCCUAGACGCAUACGACGCUGCAGAAGGCGCGGUUUCUCCGGAAGCGCGACGAGUUGUGCGUGUGUACGACCGUGAUACCACUCUACGCGCAACCUUGGAGCCAACCGCCGGACUUGAGCACGUCUUAUCAUGGAGGCCCUCGGGCAACUUUAUCGCAACUUCUCAGCGCUUCUUUGGGCAGGAAUCUGGAUUCUCAGGGGGAGGCAUAGGUCGACCUGGGCGUCAUGAUGUGGUCUUCUUUGAAAGAAAUGGACUUCGCAGACUCGAAUAUGAAGGCAAAUGGAGUACAUUGUCCACCGCACCGAUAUCUCCAGCAGAUUGGGAUUAUAAAAUCCGAGAGAUGACAUGGUCUUGUGACUCGAACAUUCUCGGAAUCUGGAUCUCGCGAAAGGGUUUCGAUGUCUUUCAACUAUGGACAACGGGCAAUUGGCACUGGUACUUGAAGCUCGAGAUACGACCUGUUGGAGCGACUCGCUUUUCCAAUGUGUCAUGGCACCCUGAGCGUCCAAGAGUUCUCUUCCUUUCAUCAGAAAGUGGACUCUUCCAAUAUGAAUUUGAAUACGAGACGUGCACCAGCCACGCUCCGGAUGGUCUAGGCAUGGUCGCUGUCAUUGACAGAGGCAACGCUUUAUUGACCCCAUUCCGGCUUCAAAAUGUUCCACCCCCCGCUGCUUCAUACACUCUCGGCCUGCACGAGUCAAAGUUUCCACCAGUCUGUCUAUCUCUAUCAUCAUCAGGGGAGAUGUUGGCAUCUCUGGCCUAUACAGCGCAAGAGACAGUGGAAGCGAGACUGUGGAACUUGAAUCCCCGCAAAAUUUCAGGCAGAGGGCGCAUUAUGAGCCCGCAAUGUCUAGCGACUCGAGAAAUUAAUAUUCCCAUCCCGCUCCAGAUUGUUCUCGACGACAGCUCUCCCAAUCGGCAAACUCUCCUAGUUCUCUCUCAAGAUCUAGAUGGGUCUGGAAAGAUAUCAAGCUAUGGGGUCGAAUCAGGUGAAUUACAAGAGCUGGGUACAGUAACGUGCCAGCCAAAUGGCCGCCUGGUGUCACCGUCUGGUUCUGAAGCAGUCCUGUGGCAAUCAAGAGAAGGUGUUCUUUAUCAUGCGUCUACUAUGAAUCUUCUUGCCAGAUUCCCCGUCUUCUGCUGCGAUGUUCAAUCCUUUGUGGUCAAUCACACCCAGCAUGCGGCAGGACUCGCCUCUGGGAAACUAUACAUUGCGUCUACCGAGCAUUCAGAAGCUGCACUUCUGGGCUCUAAUGUGGCCUCGCUCACCGUGUCUGGAUCCUUCUUGAUCUAUAUCACAACAGCCCACGAAUCAGUCUACGCGCCCCUUGCGGAUUUACACGCUCUGUUCAAGUCGGAUGAACAAGGAGAGGCUAUAGACGCGACUAAAGUGACGACGAUCAGCAGCAAAUGGGAGAAACGACGGGUAGAACGUGGCUCGCGCAUUGUUACGACUGUCCCGAACGCCAUGAGCGUCGUACUUCAAAUGCCUCGCGGCAAUCUAGAGACUAUUAGCCCUCGGCCACUUGCGCUUGAAGUAAUCCGGUCCGAUAUCCAGCGAUGUGAAUAUGGCAAGGCCUUUGCUGCUUGCCGCAAACACCGUAUCGACCUGGGUAUUUUGGUUGAGCAAGAUUCCGAGCGAUUUAUCAAAGACAUCCCACUCUUUGUGGAACAAGUCCCAGAAAUCGAUGAUCUCAAUCUGUUCCUUAGUACAUUUGGGCGUGGCAAACCUCCCGAGUUGGUCUCCUCCAUUUGCGACCAGAUCCGACAGAAACUGCAGCAAAUCGACACCGUCAAAUAUAUACAAUGCAUACUUACAUCUUAUGUUGUUGAGGCACCUCCGCGAUACGAAGACGCGUUGGCCCAUCUGCAUCAACUGCGAGAAGAGCAUUCGCAGAUUUUGUUCGAUAUCGCCCUAGGCAUGUACGACUUCGCACUGGUACUGCUUAUUGCACAGCACUCUCAAAGAGAUCCCCGAGAGUAUCUUCCGUUCCUGCGGGAGCUCAAAUCACUAGAUAAGCCCCUUCAACGAUUCCGGAUUGAUGAUCAUCUUCGUCGGUACGCAAAGGCUUUACGGAGCCUUUCCGAGGGAGGCCUACGGUACUUUGAGCAGUCGACAAACUAUAUGGAGAAACAUCAGCUGUAUGCCGAAGGUCUGGAGAUUUGGCAACGACAUCCAGAAGAGUAUCAGGUGGUAAUGGCCCUAUACGGGGAUUGGCUCUUUGACCGGCGAGAGUUUGAGAAUGCAGCGCUAGCAUUUGAGAUUGCAAAGAAGCCUUCCAAGGCCAUGCUUGCGUACGAAAAGGCCCAUGAUUGGCGGCGACUCUUCAACUUGGCGCUACAGCACCACAAGGAUGCUUCGAAGCUUCAGGAAAUAGCUUACCGGGUGGCUGAGGAUCUAUGUAGUCGAAAACGGUGGGCAGACGCCGCCAUUGUCUACGCAGAGUACGCAGAAGAUGUGGAGGAAGCUGUCCGCGCGUAUACAUAUGGAAACGAACUUGGAGAUGCACUCAGAUUGGUGGCAAAAUCGUCCAAGCCUGAGCUUGACGUAAACAUUGUCCAUCCAGGGGCAUUGGAUCUAUGUUCUCAGUUUUCGGACGAGCUGGAAGAGAUGGAUGCUCAGCUUCAGAAGCAAUAUAAUCAUACUUUCUUUGGAGUGGAAGAUACGACUUUACACAAUGUCGAUGUGACGACGGAUGUCUCUACACCGUUUACAACCUUUACUCGCUAUACAGUCGCCCAAACCAACACCUCGCGGGCUACAAAGAGAACAUCCCGUUCGAAGCGUAAGCUGGAUAUGAAGAACGCGGCUGGAAGGAGAGGGACGGUAGAGGAAGAGAGUUAUAUUCUGACCUCCUGGGGAAAGCUGUCGACUCGUCUGACGAACCUGCAAACCGAAGCUGGCAAGUUGUUACCGCACUUGCGUUUGUUCUCGACCGAGCACUCAGAGGAAGGAAAGAGACUGCAGGAUGCGAUUCUCGAGUUUGAGACGAGGUUUACAUCUAUCGUGGAGGAGAUUUGGGCGCAAGAGACACCAACAGCGGAGGAUGCGCCGUUGCCCACUUCAAAUACGAACAAGCCACCGAAGCCAGUCUUUGGAUCACGCGCGUGGGUUAUACCGAAGGCAUUCUGGCUCUGA